CACAAACACGACCGCUUCAUUUUUGAAUUCCUUUUUUGGGAGACACAGGGCAUAGCCAGUACUAGAGAAAACCUCCUUCCUCGUACCAAGUUUAUCCUUUUGCUGGCCUGAGCGCACCAGACGCGUUUCGCCACCCCAACCGUCGAGUCAUUCCGAGAGAAGAAAGAAAGGGCUGCAUUCAACCCCGAAAAACGCGGCAUACAGGGCUUUAUAUACGCGUAAAGAGGACCGCAGACAGAAGAGCUACGAUAUGGUUAUGCACACUCGCCACAAGUCUCUCUCCUUCGACCCGACGUCGCACUCCGUUUCCUCAUCACCAAUUCCUCGAAGAGAUUCCGGCUCUGUUUCUACACCUUUGUCCACCAGCAAUGAACCCCCACGGAAGCGCUUGAAGCGUUCUUCGCCGCUUUCGUUCGCUCCUAGCGAGAUGAACACCCCUCCAACCUCACCACCCUUCAGCGGCCCUGCGACUGAUGCACCUAUCGCCAACCAGGACCCUGUCAUUCGUGAGGUCUUGGCUACGUUGAAGGCCAACGGCAACAAGCCGAUGUGUGCGAAGGAUUUGUGUGAUGCUAUGUUGAAGCGUGGGUUGAACAUGAACUCGAACAUUGUCAGCACGAAGGUUGCUGGGUAUAUGCGCAAGCAGGAGCGUGGAACUGGUGAGACGGUGCUGGGAAGAUACUCUGAGGCGGGAUUCCCAAGACGGACGUUCUUCUACCUUUUGAAUGGUGCAUUCAACGGAGGCUUGCCUACCCCGGCCGCGGAGCACGACAAUGAGGAACUCGUUAUUAUUGACGAUGUCAGUGACAUUGGAGACGACAACUCCGACAACUCUAUGCACGAAGCCUCUGAUGACGAGGGUUCGUCUCAGGAUGAGGAUGAUACUACGCCCUCCCACCUUCAGGGUCCGUUCUCGUCCAAGAACGUUGGAUACCGUGCUCUCAGUCCCAGUCCUGAUCCUUUCUUCCCCGAGACUGACCUCGGAGCUCCCUCGAGCCAACGCUGGACGUUUCAGGCUUUGACGCCGCCGAGGGAGAGCAGCCGUGAUGGAAGUAGACGCUUCGGCAAGACCGAGGAUGAGGAGUUGGAGCAGUUGGUUGCCAGGAAGGUUGGCCGUUUGGAGAUGGGCGGUAUUGAGUCACCCUGUCGUCGCCUGUUGCCUGCUGUCAGCCAGAACGAGGAGGAGUCUGGGGAAGGCAUGGAGAAUGGCAUCGUUGGCGGGGACAACGUUGAGAAGCUUACUUUGACCGGGUUGGAUGAUACGAGUAUGAAGUCGUGGAGUGAGGAUUCUCAGAUGGAUGCUGUACGCAGCCCAGAAGAUAUUGGUGUUGGGGAGUUGGACAACUGGUUCUAAGGAGCAGCGGAUGGUACGAUAAAGAUACAUUUACGCCCGGAAGGCGGCGUACUUUUUGGAAAACGAUAUCGGGUGGAUGAAACGAUAACGACAUGGUGGUCGGAGAUACAUUUUGGACAUGCUUGUUGCUGGCAGCGAUUAUGAUGGCGCUGGCCGUAUACCCUUCUCUCACUCUCCUUUCUCGAGGUU